AUGUUCAUUUUCGACUUUUUCAAAAAUAUGUUAGGCUAUUUAGGUCUUUACAAAAAGAAUGGUAAGAUAUUGUUCUUAGGUUUAGAUAAUGCUGGUAAAACUACUUUGUUAAGAAGAUUAAAAGAUGGUCGUCUCGUUUAGCACGACCCCACCCUUGGUUCUCACACAGAAGAAUUAGUUUUAGGAAAUAUUCGUUUCAAAGCUUUCGACUUAGGUGGCCACGAAGCAGUCAGAAAAACUUGGAAGAAUUACUUCGCUUCUAUUGAUGGUAUUGUAUAUUUAGUAGACAGUUCUGACCGUGCUCGUUUUGAAGAAUCUAGAAUUGAAUUCAAUAAAAUUAUUUAAACUAAAGAAUUGGAAAAGGUUCCAAUCGUUAUUCUUGGAAACAAGAUCGAUAUUCAAGGAGCUGCUUCUGAAGAUGAACUUAGAAUCAAUUUUGGCUUAGCUAAUACUUCAUAAAUCGGUAUUGAAAAGAUUAGCGAAAUCGACGGUCGUCCCAUCGAAUUGUUUAUGUGCUCAGUAUCUAAAAAGAUAGGCUACGCUGAUGGAUUCCAAUGGCUUUCUAAGUUCCUUAAAUGA